UCAGUGCCGCGCGCUCCACGCAAAAUGGCGGACGUUCUAACGUCGGAGUAUGCGUUAUCAAAAUCCAGUGAACAUUUUAAUUACAACGAAAUGAAAAAAAGUUACUUGGAUCAAGUAAAAAUGUAUUACGCGAAUAGGAAAUUACCUGUAAUGACACCAUUUACGCGGGAGGUCGUGGAUAAAAUAAAAAAUCUUAUAAAAGAGAGGCAGUUUCUAAUGUCGGCCGGACAUCCUUCGGAGCACGCGAAGUAUAAAGUUGUACACAAAUACGAAGUUAUUGAGCAAAAUGGUGAAGAAAUAUUAAUUUGUAAAAGAUUACUGCCGGAUGAUCCUAUUGUUCAAAUCGUGCCAGCGGAAGACUGUUUUGACAUUUUGGUCGAUGCUCAUUUAGAGACUAAACAUGGGGGAAAAGAGAAAAUGUUUAGCACAAUAAAAAAAGGUAAAUACGUCGUGCCAAAGACUAGCAUUGACUUUUUAUUAGUCGUCUGUAAAGUGUGCAACCUCAACGGUAGAACAAAAAGACGAGCCGAUGAAAGGUUAGCUCGAAUAUUUAAUUCUAGAGGGCAAGUAAGUUUAGUAGAUAUGACUGAAGAGCCAGAUAAUCUAUUUAAACAUAUUUUGUGUUAUAUAGACAGGUUUACAAGUUACCUGCUUUUGCGACCGCUCAUGACAGACACUGUACAAGAGACAGCCAUGGAAUUACUGAAGAUAUUCUUCGAUUUUGGACCACCAGAGAAACUAGAGACGUACAAUAGACCCUUCUUCAACCAAGUAAUGAGCAUAAUAAAUACUGCGCACAGUGAAUUUAAUAUACGUCUGGUGUUGCCGGUGAAAAUGCCAAUUAUUACUCCGUUAGAUGUAAAAGAAAUGCUUCGAAAAUGGCAAAGUGAGACUGGUAGCAGCAAUUGGGCUAUGGGAUGUUAUAUGCUUCAAUGGAGUAAUAACUCUGAAAUGAGUCUCAAUAAACCAUCGCCAUAUUUCUCUGUAUUUAAACGUUCCUUGGCUGGAAAAGGUAAAGAAGACAAACGACAAGGAAACGAGAAGCCUGGAGAAAUUGGGUUAAAUAACGGAAGUGCUACUGUCACUGCUCCUCGUCUAAACUCUAGAGAUGAUAAUAGUCAAUCAAGUUCUUCCACAAUACUAGGUGGUGAUAGUGAAGAAGUUUUACUAUUGCAAGAGAAUGGCCUCAGCGAAGAUGAUGAAGACUGUUUGAUAACGAUAACCGAGGCCCCUAAUGAAUCUGCAUCAAUACUACCUCAACUACCUGUAACAACUGUACCUGAUUCGAAAAAACGAUCUAAUCAUGUACCUAAUAUCCUUAAGAGGCGUAUGGAAGGCGGUAGUCACAGAAACGUAGUUAAUGUGAAUAAGCCGCUGCUCGUUUUAUCACCAUUCGAAAAUAUUGUGAACGCAAAAAACAAUAAUAUUUUAAAAGAGCAGAAGCAAGUUCAAUGCAAUGAUUCGCCCAAAUCUUCGAACAAAAGGUGUCAUGUUUGUAAAACUGAAAUAAAGACAGCCUACAUAUGUACCAAUUGUAAUAGGAAUGUGCAUCUAUUCUGCUCUGAUAGAUUAUUACAGCCUAACAUUUCCCCAGACGUUUUAAGUGUAAUGUGUACCUCAUGUACUCUCACGAAAAGGAGCGAAAAAGUGAAACGGAAAUACGACGAGACUGAUACCGAUAAAAAUAAUAUUAUAACGAUAAAAGACUGA